UUUAUGUGUCUCUGUUGAUAAUUUCUGGUAAUGAUUGAUCAGAUAAGACACUAUUUAAGGCUGGGAUUGACAGAGGAGCUCCAUAGAAGAACUGCAUAGACUUUGAGAAUGAAGAUGAGGAUGUGUUUCCUGCUAUUGCUGCUGAUCUGCUCUCUGUCCACGGCUCAGCUUCAAACGGACUCUGACAAUGAAGUUAUUCCUCUUGGAAAACAAGCUGAGCCCCAGAGAAGUGAACAACAAAAUGCUUUGGACCGCCAACAGACCUUCACCCAGGACCUCCAUGCUGUGCUGAGAGAGAUUAGCGCAUCUCUGGCUGAACAGAAGGUGGAGACGAGGCACUUACAGAGAGAGAGUGAAGCACAGGCAGCUAAACUGAGGGAACUGGAGUUACAGAAGACUGAACUGGACAAACAGAAGACUGAGCUGGAUAAGCUACAGCAACAACUUCAAGCACAAGCAGCAGAGCUGAUCACCAUGAAGGCCAGGUCAAAUGUCACAGAAAACCAUGUGGAGGCUCUGAGGAGAGAUGGUGAAGUCAAACAGGUGGCUUUCUCAGCUUCUCUGUUGGCUUCAGGCGGAGGGCAUGUCGGACCAUUUAACAGACACGCUCCUUUGAUGUUCAGACACGUGGUCACAAACAUUGGAAAUGCUUACAGCCCAAACACAGGUUUCUUCAUUGCACCAGUGAGAGGAGCAUACCACUUUGAGUUCUACAUAGGUGCACACGGACAUCCUUCAAUUGCUUCAGGUGCUGUGUUGGUGAAGAACGGAGGACAUAUUUUUAUUGCAUGGGAGCAACAGACUUCUGGGUAUGGGAGCUCUGCUAACGGUGUAACUCUGCUUCUAGAGGUUGGAGAUGUUGUGUUUCUGCGGCUUUGGCAAAAUGCAAGGAUAUUUGACAAUGGAAAUCACCUUAGUACUUUUAGUGGUCAUCUGCUUUUCACCAUGUGAGAUGGAAAUUUUCACAUGCAAUCAUGGCAAAAGUAUAUAUAUAUAUAUUUUUUGACACUAAGCUGUUUAUCAAAUCAGCAAACUUACAGAAAUAAUAAACUAAUGAUGACUUAAUGAUUGCUUCAGGGAGAAAUGCAAAAUUAUCUUAAAGUUAUUGUCAUGAGUAAUAGUCAAAGUGCAUAUUUUAUACCUUCAAAGUAAAGUCUUGUAUGCAGUAUUUAUCUAGUAUGUAUAGGUGGAUAAUGAAGCUUUA